AGUCAGUUAACCAUUAUCAUAAAGAUGAUAUGCAUGUGGUGUGCUUCACAUUUGAAAAUCUUCAAGCAACUAAACUCCAUACCCAGGACAGAAAAGGAAGGUGACAAGAUGGAACGCUAAGUUCAUUGGCACGAUUCCCACGCCCAGUUUUCACUUUUGUCGUGUGAAACCUAAACAUGAAUCAGUAUCGAAGCGAGAAGCAGCUCGCUUAUCUGUAUCCGAUUAUUGCGACCUUAUCUUUCGUGUGCUGUAUAUCGACAACCGUAGCAUGGCAGCACUGGCGAUAUGUGUUGGAUACUUGUGUUGAAACUAACUGCGGAUGUAUUUUGCAUGGCCGAUCUACUGCUACGUUUUUCACCGGAGGCCAUGUCGCCUAUUGUCACUGGGCAGCGUACGGAUUGGUGUUACCCAUAAUAUUCUGCUUUAUCUUUGGAAUAUUCCAUGUCUUCCGGGUAUGCUUCGGACGCCGUCGUCGCUACCCGGGUACAGCCACCGUUAGGCAAAGAUCUGGAGAUGUAAUUUUAAUGACGACGAAAACUGAUGUGGAAGAGGACGACAUCAGUCCUUACUACUGGAUACCGGCUAGCGUCAUUGGAAGUUUGAUGGCGGUUCUUACGCUUGUACAUGCUGCGAUGUAUUUGGACGGAUUCUUGACUACCUGCAAGCAGCAACGCAAUGAACUUAUCAAGUAUAUGCAGGCAAACGGCAGCUUAGUACCCAUCAUUCAAAGCCGCAUUUCAUGUUCAUCGGUAUUUGAUUUUAUGGAUUAUUUACAUUUAGACGUUUCGUUUGACAGACACCGAGAGGGAAGAAUUAAUACGGCAGCUGCAUUGAUCAUAGGUUUAGUUUGUUCGUGGAUUUGUGUUGGUUUGUGGAUUUGGACGGUGGUAAUCAAUGCUAAGCGAGCACGCGCCAGUAAAGACUUGCGCAUUUAAUACUGUUACGAGGGCAAUCACGAUCGUUUAAAGUGAUAGUAUUAGGCAGCUUUUAAGAUGCAUUCCUUACAUGCCAUGCAUACCGAUUGUGCCUUCAUUUUAAAGAAUGUAAGAUCUACACAUUUUUACAAAUUUUCAUAUUUUAUCAAGCACACGAGUAGAGUAGACAUUCCGAAGAAAAGAGAAAAAAAACUACGAUUUGCACGAAUCAGUGUUUUACCACCGUAUUUUUUUUUAAUAAAACUUAAAUGAAUGGUACUAAAUCGUAAAUACCAUAUGUACAACUUAAA